CACACGGGACAAAGUCUUUCCCCACCCCAGUUUAGUGAUGAAGCCUACUCGAAAAAGCAAGUAAUGGCUUCCAAGGUCUAUAAAUUCCAGCUUCUUUUGUCUCUUCCUUCUCAUCUCAAAUUAUUGAGCACAACACAAUAUACUCUAUUGAAUGCAAACAUAAUGUCAGAAUCAUCCGCUAUGCGCAACUGCAUCUCCUGGGUCGAGAUCCCAGCAACAGACCUCAAUCGUGCCAAAGAGUUCUACUCUGCCGUCUUUGGUUGGUCAUUCCCAAACUUCGGCAGCUCACCCAUCGAUUCAUUCAUGGCCAUCUUCAGUCACGGUUCCACGAAUGGCUGCCUUGUCAAAGUUGAAGCCGAGAACCUUCUUUCUGCCGCUCUCCAUCCAGAUAAUGCCGAAUUGAAACGAGUUGGAGUCAGAGUCACUAUCACAGUAGAGAGUGUUGACAAGAAAAUGGCCGAGGUUGAGAGCAAGGGUGGGAAGUUGUAUUUGGAGAAGACAGAGAUUCCUGGUGGUAUGGGAUUUGUGUCCUAUUUCACGGACACUGAGGGAAAUGUUAUGGGGUUGUGGUCAAAGGAAUGAUUAGAGUUUUUCUGCAUGGUGCAAGAUAGAGAUUUGAAUUGAUGCCUUUGCUGUUUCGGAGCUCACCACGUGGUAGCCGUACUUUCAAUUGAGGUCCCU